CUUGUUCCAUAGGUGUGUGAGGAAGAGGUCGGUUUCAAGUAUUUUCGGCGUUCUCAGCCAUCGACGAGUCAGGAAGAGACACUACCGCUCGGAUUUAGCGACCGUAAUUUUUUUUUUCUGGUUCAGACACUGCAGAUUCAUAUUUCUGUAACACUCUAGAGAAAUAAAGUAACAAGGUACAAACGAGGAGUUGUCUUGGUUCCUGUUGGACUCCCUUUGGAGCGUUUCUGGAAGAUGAAUUCCGCCAGAUAUGAAUACGACGGCCGCAACGGCCGCCACGAGCGGAUCGACUUCUUAACCAGCAAAGAGAAGGUGUCAGGCGGAAAGCGGAAGACCGCCAUCAUCGUCGGGGUUCUCCUGGCACUUCUCAUCCUCGCCGGUGUUACAGCGUUCCUCAUUUGGCUGUUUGUCUUUAAAGAUGCUGAUUCAGAAGCCACCCUCAGUCAGCAGCGCAGCUCAUCAGUGCAGGUCUUCAGUGGGCAUAUGAAGCUGGUUGGUGUACCAUAUGAUGAGAAGCUGGAGGAUACGAAUAGCAAGGAAUUUGAGGAUUUGGCGCACAAGCUGGAGACAUUUCUGGUGGAAAAUUACAAGGAAGAUCCACUCCUCUCACAAUUCCACACAGAAUCAGUGGUCACUGCGUUCAGUGAGGGUGUGAUAGCCUACUACUGGUCCCAGUUUGACAUCCCAUUCGAAGACCAUGACAUUGUGCCGGAGUUCUCAGAGGAGCGGGUGUUGGAGGUCCUGGAAAACGGCAUUAAGGAGCAGCGCAGUGUUGCGAGCCCCGGGUAUACCAAGAUCAGUGAAGUCACUGCCUCGUUCACAGAUCCUCGCAUGGCCAGGAACCCCAGAGCCCAGGAGUGUUUCCACCGCCUGGAGGCUGAAGAAAAUCCGAAGAGAUUUUCGUCUCCAGGGUAUCCCACAGGUUACCCCCCCAAGUCCCGGUGUCAGUGGCAGAUCCGAGCCUCGGAGAACAAAGUCAUAACUGUCUCUUUCCCUUUCUUCCACAUCGAGGACGACUGCUCAGAUGACUUUGUCUCCAUCUAUGACUCUUUGAGCCCAGAUGAUUCUCAGACCAUCACAGAGAAGUGUGGUCAGAGGCCCCCCUCCAACCCUCUGCAGGUGGUGUCAUCCGGCAACAUCAUGCUGAUUAACAUGAUUACUGACAGUGAUGUCCAGAGGCCAGGCUUUGAGGCAGAAUACAAAGUCAUCGACAAGUCUGUCGUGCAAACCUGCGGUGGUGUCCUCUCCGAAAACAAAGGCGUCCUCACCUCCCCGCUUCACCCCAUCUUCUAUCCCCCUGCUGUGGACUGCAAGUGGACCAUCAAGGUCCCUGAUGGGAAAAAGGUGCGCAUUAAGUUCAACAUGUUCCGCAUGAAAGAGCCCGGAGUGGACAUCCGUGUGUGCCACAAAGACUAUGUGGAGGUUAUGGGCACCAAGUAUUGUGGAGAAAUGUCCUCUUUGGCUCUGACCAGCGACAAGAAUGUCCUCGACGUGCACUUCCACUCCGACGAGUCCUACACCGACAAAGGCUUCAGCGCACAGUACAGCGCGUAUGAUCCCUCAAACCCUUGCCCCGACAAGUUCGCUUGCGCCUCUGGCAUCUGCAUUGGCAAAGAGCUGCAGUGUGAUGGCUGGAACGACUGCGGCGACAUGAGCGAUGAGAUGAAGUGCCAGUGUGAAAGCGACCAGUUUGCUUGCGCUAACGGCCUGUGCAAACCGAAGCUCUGGGUGUGCGACCGCGUCAACGACUGUGGAGACGGCAGCGAUGAGAAACAGUGCAGUUGUGAGGAGAAUGAGUGGCGCUGUGGGAAUGGGAUUUGUCUGCCCCAGGAUGUUGUGUGCGACAAUAAGAAGGACUGUGCCGACGGAAGCGACGAGGCCUCUUGUAAAACCUCUCCGGGGAUCUGCUCUGACUUCAGCUUCAAGUGCAAGAACAAUGAAUGUGUCAACAAGGUGAACGCAGAGUGCGACCGCGUCAGCGACUGCUCUGAUAACUCCGAUGAGGACAUCUGUGAUUGUGGCACCAGGCCUUAUAAGCUGAACCGCAUCGUGGGAGGGCAGAACGCCGAGCUGGGGGAGUGGCCCUGGCAGGUCAGCCUUCACUUCAUGACCUACGGCCACGUGUGCGGUGCCUCUAUCAUUUCAGAGAGGUGGCUCCUUUCAGCCUCCCACUGCUUUGUCACCAGCGACCCAGCGAACCACGUGGCAUCCAACUGGCAGACCUACAGUGGCAUGCAGGACCAGUAUAAGUACGAUGGCGUACAGCGCCGCCCAUUGAAGAGGAUCCUCUCCCACCCAGAUUACAACCAGAUGACCUUUGACUAUGACAUUGCACUGCUGGAGCUCAGCGAGCCGCUGGAGUUCACUAACACCAUCCAACCCAUCUGCCUACCCUCUUCCUCCCACGUCUUCCCUGCAGGCAUGGCCUGCUGGGUCACAGGCUGGGGCGCGCUCCGAGAAGGAGGUCAAAAGGCGCAGCUGCUGCAGAAGGCGUCUGUGAAAAUCAUCAACGACACGGUGUGUAACGUGGUCACGGAGGGACAGGUCACUUCCAGAAUGCUCUGUAGCGGAUUUUUGGCCGGAGGAGUUGACGCAUGCCAGGGAGACUCCGGGGGCCCCCUGGUGUGUUUUGAGGAGAGUGGGAAGUGGUUCCAGGCCGGCAUUGUGAGCUGGGGCGAGGGCUGUGCUCGUCGGAACAAGCCCGGUGUCUACUCGCGCGUCACCAAGCUGAGAGAAUGGAUCAGGAAGGAGACAGGGAUUUGAUGAUGCUGUGAGGAGCAGGGAAGGAUGCAGAGCGGGGAACAACGUAAGAGUGCUAAAAAUAAUGGAGAAAGAACAUUUGAGUCUGAUACAGGACUUCAAGUCUCUCCAAGAUGUAUUCAUGUAGCAGCAGACUGAGGGUAAUGUUGCAUGGACCCAGCUACUCACAUCAGUGACUUAAAGCACUUUAUUUGGUUGCCAACCCCCUUUUGCCCACACACACACACACACACACACUACGUUGACUCACACAGUUUUUAAAGGUGUAAAUUAGUGCAGUGUUUUUAUCCCCAUUAUACAUGUCAUCUUUCACUGGUGAAUACACUAUAACUAACUAGUAUAACUAAUAAAAUAUGUAUAUUCCAGGAAUCAUUUUAAGAUUGAUAAAGAAUUUGAACAUUUUGCAGUUUUUAAAGUUUUUAAAAUUUCUAAAUCCUCCCUGAAAACAGAUUUUAAGACUUAGCAUUAUGUAUUUCUAAACAGGUGAGAUGCCUUCAUCCUCUUAAGCUGCAGUGAAUCUUGCCAGUGGGUUCAUGCUGUAGAUAGCCAUAAAUCUAGUGUUUUAUUAAUCCUAUAGCUUAAAAGGCCGUAAUGCUCCUUUUAGUCUAUUUGCUACAAAACACUCAUACAUCACAGCUGACCAUUUUCCAAAGCAUGUUUUUUUUUUUGACUGAUUAAAGCAUUUUUAUCUACCUACCUGCCAGGCAGCCAUUAGUCUCAGUUUUUAUCAGUUAAGUAUAAAUAUGAACUUGUAGAGACAGUUGUAUUGACGUGAUGAUAACAGAAGUUUGACAAAAAAAAAAAAAAAUGAAAGAACAACAAGAAAAAAAAACCCAACCGAACAACAUUAUUCUCAAAUCCAUUACAGGGCAUUUUCAUAUUAUAUUAAUAUAAAUGAAAACCAAAGGCUGCCUAGAAGGUAGAAAAUGCAUUAAUCAGUCUAAAAGCCCACGGUUUGCUCUGGAAAAUGGCCAGCAGUAAUACUAAGUAUACCAGAUUUGUAGCCGGUGGGCUAAGACAGGUGAAAAACACCAGCACGGUCCUUGAGGAAUUCUGAUCUGAGACUAGAGUGAUGCUGAAGUUGUUUUAAGUUGUUGUUGAUCUGUAUGUGGGGGGUGUGGGUGGAGUGGAGUGGGGUGGGGUGGGGUGGGGUCUUAGAUCAGUAUUUGUAUUACAUCUUUACUCAUGGCUUUUGCCCAGGUCUCUAGCUAAGCUCAGGAUGAUUGAAGUCUUUAGUCACAUACACCUGAGAGCCAAAGCAAACCAGCGGGGUCGUCACCAGUUACCAGAGCAAUGAAAUGAGUUCUCAUCCAUGUGAGAGUUUUCCUUUCUUUGGCCAUGACCAACUCAAUCAACUUUUAAAUCUAAAAUUUGACCGAAUGGUUUCUUAUAAGUCUGUUUGCCUUCAUCUCUGACUUAUCCUGGAAAUAUUACAUUCUGGAUAAGCAAACCAAAGAUUUGCAUAAGUAUUAUUUAUUGAAGGGGAAAAAAUUAAGAAGAAAAAUGUGUUGGGGGUAUUGCUCAGUGGACCUUUUUUAAUUCCAUGGAGAGAUACAGUUAAACUAUGCAAGUGUAAAUUUGUGUUUUUCAGAAAGUGGGGCGAUAUUUUCAUCUACACUGUGACUGUGAUUUGGAUUAUGGACAUACUUUAUAUCCUUUCUUUGUUUUGUGUUUGUGUAUAUUUUUCUACAAGAGAGUCAUUGAUAAUAAAAAUCUUUUAUCUGAUUGCUCCACA